AUUGGUUGGAGCCUUGGAAUUAUGCAUGGUGUGUGUGCUGGAAUGGUGCCUGCAGAGUAAUAAAAACUUUAUUUAUAUGUGUGGAGCUUAAUUUGGAGAGACAAGUGGCUGGGUCAGUUGCAUUGAGUUCGACUUUGAUAGUUUGAUUAGUUAAGGUUAAGGAGCAUACCAGAGAGACAGAGAGCACUGAUACUUGCAUAACACAAGAGACAUGGGGUACUGGAAAUCUAAGGUUCUUCCCAAAAUCAAGAAGGUUUUUGAGAAAAACGGUGCAAAGAAAACUGCUGCUGCUGAGGCCACCAAGUCCUUUGAUGAGUCAAAGGAGGAGUACAAUAAAGUGUUUGAAGAGAAGAAGGUUGAACUUCAAACAAAAGUAAUUGAAAUAUAUGAGGCUUCACCAGCUGAAAUCAAGAGUUUGGUUAAGGAACAAAAGGAAGCAGGGCUAAAGAAGAACCCCACAGAAGUUCACAAGUUCCUAGAAGAGCUUGCUAAAAUUGAAUUCCCUGGAUCAAAGGUAGUAUCUGAAGCAUCAUCCAAGUUUGGACCAGCCUUGGUUCCAGGUCCAGUUCUCUUUGUUUUUGAGAAGGUGUCCACUUUCAUAGUUACAGAAGAGAAAGUUGAGGCCCCUCCUGCAGAAACUAAAACAGAAGAAGAAGCAAGCACUACCAAAGACAGAGAGAUAGUGGUUGAAGAGGAGAAAAAGGAAGAGGAGAAACCACAAGUAGCAGAAGAGACAACUGAGAAAGUUGAAUCAGAGCCACCUAAAGAGGAAGAGAAACCUGCUGAACCAGUUGUAGCUGAGGCUCCUCCAGCUGCUAAAGAGGAAGAGAAACCUGUUGAACCAGUUGCUGAAGUUGAGAAAACAGAACCACCAAAGCCUUGAAAAUCUCCUUCAUAAGUUUGAUGCAGAUACAUAUAUAUGUGUAUUAGUUUGCAUAUACUCAUAAAUUGUUACAUACCAAUCUCUCAUUCUUUUAUAAUUUAUUUGAGUUGCUUAGUUUGAUGUUGGAAUUAAUGUGCAUGUGAAUGUGAAUGUUUACCUUAAAGACAUGAAUCAUAUUGUAAUUUUCAUAUUCUUUUUUAUGUCAAGGAAGUGACUUGGAUUGGAUCAUUUGGUUCAUCCAAUCUUUCCUCUUGUUGUUUCAAUUAAAAGUGAUCAAUUUCAUAUCCUGUUUGGCUGGA